UGACGGCAUGGGUCGCUACCUGCAGAAGGAUAUGCUUCAGAGUGCUGCCGAACUCAUGGCAGUAUUACCACUUCGUGGUAUUAGAAUACUACAGCUCACUCCAAAUUCUUCGACAUGCAUCAUCUGUGUUUUCAACUUUGGUCGUGAGUGAGGUAAAUUCCGAUUAGUGAAGGCUGAGAAAUUUGGACUCAACAUUUUUCAAGAUUUUCCUAUAGAUUACAAUGGCUGACGAAGUGAUAAAUGGAGAAGCAUUGUCUCUGAAACAUAAAAAAGAACGAAAAGAACUCCAAGCUCAAAUCCAGAAUUUGAAAAAAUCUAUCUGCAAGGGUGAUAAAAAACGGAAAAAAGAAAUAACUGAGGAAAUAGCACAGCUGGAGAUCGAUUUGGAUAAAAAGCAGGAGCAAGAGAUAAUAAACUCAAAAUUGAAAGAAGCCCCAGUUGAGAACGAACAUGUCUCAGCCGAUGAUAACCAGCCAGAACAGACGCAACAACGUAUAUCAAAAGCGCAGAAGCGAAGAGACAAGAAAAGCAAUGCAGAAAAGGAAAGAUAUCAGAGGAUCAUUGAGCAGGAGGCGGAAAAUGUUAAUGGGAAAAGAAACGUCGAGACACAAGCCAUAAUAAAAAUACUCCAAGAACGUCACCUCCGUAUUCAUGAAAUUCCCAGCGAUGGCCAUUGUUUGUACAACGCGGUUUCUCAUCAGCUAAGAGAAAUAGGAGAUAUCCCAUUAGGCUUCAAGACUCUUAGGGUGAAAACUUCGGAGUACCUCAAAGCCAAUAUGAACGACUUUGUACCAUUUUUACACAAUGCUGAAUCAGAAGAAACUUUAUCUCCUGAACAAUACACAAAGUAUUGUGACGAUGUUGCAGGGACAACUGCAUGGGGCGGUGCUGUUGAGCUACAAGUUCUCUCCCAAGUUCUGAAGUGUCCGAUUGAAGUCAUACAAGCAACUGGAGCCCCGUAUGUUAUAGGCGAGGAAUAUAAGGACGAAGGAAAAAAGGUCACCUUGACUUAUCACCGGCACAUGUACGGACUCGGUGCUCACUAUAAUUCCGUAACGAAAUUUGCGAUAAACGAAGAAAGUUGAUCGACGUAUCGAGUUAAUUUCCUCAAUCAUUCAUCACAAUUGCCAUGAAAUUUUUCGCGCAGUGACGAAUGAAAAAAAAAUUUGUGAACAAACUAAUGAUGGAUCAUUUAACAUCAUUUAUUCAAGCAUUCGGAAUCUGAAAUUGAAUCAGUUUUCGUUGUUAUGACUUAACUCUCACUGGUGUAUUCUGUUUCAUAAAUGGAUUCAAUCGAUUAAAAGAAAAUAUUUAUCCCAAUAAUACGAGUUGAUUCUUUAUUUGCAAUCAAAAGAAUGAUGAUUUAAAAUUGAGAUGAUGCUCGUAAAUAGUCACCGGUAACACUCGAUUUUAGAUAAAGUCACUAUUCUUUAUAUCGACCCUAGAUGUUAAUCAGUUUUGUUUUCAGCUUCCUGAUUCGUCUCUCGGUGUUUGUUUGGGUCGUCUGGUUU